AUGGGGAAUCACCUCGGCCGUUACUCCUCAGGACACAGCAAACACCAUCCUCAUCCUCCAUAUAAAUGCGGUGAUUCUGUGCCAAAAAUCCCAACCCAAACUUCAAUUUCAGCAAAUAUAAACAUGGGUUUGUGUUUGCCGUAUGCUCAUGUGGACUCCACCUUACGGGAUCUGGCUGGCCAAGCUGAAGGCUUCGGCCGCCACGCUAUAGGUGGCCUGCGCGGCCCCCUUUAUCAUGUCACUACUCUUGCUGAUGACGGGCCUGGAUCACUUCGUUAUGGAUGUCGUCAGAAAGAACCCCUAUGGAUAGUCUUUACAGUUUCAGGCACCAUUGAGCUCUCAUCUUAUCUGAAUGUGUCAUCUUAUAAGACCAUUGAUGGACGUGGUCAAAGGAUUAAACUCAAAGGGAAAGGAUUGAGGUUGAAAGAGUGUGAACAUGUGAUUAUCUGCAAUCUAGAGUUCGAAGGGGGUAGAGGACAUGACAUUGAUGGCAUUCAGAUUAAACCAAAUUCAAAGCAUAUUUGGAUUGAUCGUUGUAGUCUUACUGACUAUGACGAUGGAUUGAUAGAUAUCAGUAGAAUGAGCACGGAUAUUACUAUAUCUCGGUGUCAUUUCUUCAAUCAUGAUAAAACCAUACUUAUAGGGGCAGAUCCUUCGAACACAGGAGACAGGUGUAUGCUGGUUACCAUUCAUCAUUGUUUCUUUGAUGGGACUCGACAGCGGCAUCCGCGUGUUAGAUUUGCAAAAGUUCAUCUCUACAAUAAUUAUACCAGAAACUGGGGAAUUUAUGCUGUUUGUGCAAGUGUAGAGUCACAGAUAUAUUCCCAAUGCAACAUAUAUGAAGCCGGACACAAGAAAUUAGUUUUCAAAUAUCUCACUGAAAAGGCGGCAGACAGGGAAGAGGGAUGUACUGGCUGUAUUAAAUCAGAAGGUGAUUUAUUUGUUAGUGGAACUCAAGCAGGCUUGAUACCGAUCCCCAGCAAAACUUGUAUGUUUUGUCCUAGCGAAUUUUAUGAGACAUGGACUGUAGAACCCCCGACCGAUACUUUGAAACAUUUUCUUGAACACUGCACUGGGUGGCAGCGUAUCCCUCUACCUGCUGAUCAGCCCAUCGUUUCUUAG